AGUUCCGUGAAUCAUUAUACAGCCGCUUCAAUCCGUUCUGGGCGAAUCAUUACAAGCAGCAACAAUCCGUGGAAAGAAAGUAGUACAUUUCAGCUGUUGAGAAGACAUGGACUUGAAAAAUAAAGUUGCGCUCGUGACUGGUGCUGCCACCGGGCUCGGAAGAGCGUUCAGUGAGGAAUUGUUAAAGCAUGGGGCAAAGGUUGUUGUAUGUGACUUGGACUCCGAUGCCGGCGAAUUGACUGUGGAGGAACUCGAAAAACAAUAUGGAGAAAGGGUGUUAUUUUGUCACUGCGACGUUACUGAUUAUGUGCAGUUCGAAGAAGCCUUCGAGUACACUGUGUGCAUGUUCAAGGAGGUCAACAUUGUGAUAAACAACGCAGAAAUCAUGAACGAUAACUUCUGGGAGCUCGAAGUCGAUGUAAACCUGAACGGUGCUAUCCGAGGCACACUGCUAGCCCAAAAGUUUAUGGACAAAAGCAAAGGUAGAGAUGGUGGUGUCCUGGUUAACAUUGGAUCUGGAGUCAGCGUCAAGCCACAGUUAUCUACUCCUAUUUAUACCGCAACUAAACAUGCCAUUCUUGGCCUGACCAAAGCGUGUGGAGAUCCAUUCCAUUACGGCAACACCAACGUACGAGCGUUUGCUUAUUGUCCAGGACCAAUCGAGAAUUCAUCAUCGCACAACAAACGUUUCAUGUCGCCGGCAUAUGAGAAAGCCAAAGAACUGGAUAUGAAUGGUGUUCAAUUACAAAGAAUGGAGCAUGUGGCCAAAGAAUUGAUACCGUUGUUAAAAAAUGCACCUACCGGUUCCAUCUGGCUGGUAUCAGGAGGCAAACCAGCCAAGGAGAUUCCUUACAGUAGCAUCUAAAGCUCAUCCUACAACACAUUCUACGUACUAGCGCUUUCGACUCGUAUCACAUUACCAUCAGUUCAAGCAGCAUAUGGCAAACUCGACAGCAUAUUAUUAUAAGCAAUUCCAGUCCGAAUUAACAAAACAAUCCUUAAUGUAUCAUCCAUUCAAACUGUACUUAUACCGAUGAUUGAUGCAUCGUGCAUUCAGUUCUCACAUUAGCGCAUACAUUCGUAGCGAAACAGCAUUGAUACGGGACAAAUACUGUUCAAACCCAUUGUCAUAUUGCGCUGGAUAUUAUUGAAAAGAAAACCUAACGCUUUUGAUACACAUAAUUAUCAAGCAAGACGAAUAACCGAGACGAAUUUCAAUAUUGUAAGACAAAAUUGAUAUGACUCAAUCGGUACCAUUGUCGUAA